UUGAACCACAGGAGAGUUCUAAUUUUUGUAAACAAACCAACGUGAUCCGUAUCCAGUUAUAUAAAUUUUGUUUUAUAACCAUGAAUCGGACGUUAUUUUUGGGUAUGCGCGUCAUCAGAUAUCGAAUGAAAACAAUAGUAUACCAAAGACCCCUACAUGUCAAUGAGAGAAGUGUCCACUCUUGGAGCCAACAAAAGACAUUCAGGAGACCUGGCCCUCAAGCAUUGCCAAUUGUGACCUCAUUCCUGGCUCUUGCAUUCUUCAGCAAGGUCCCAGUUGUCGAUAGUCCACGUAGUCUGUCAACUGAUCCUAGCGCUACCAUUAGCAAUAGUAGCACCAAAAUGUCUGCCAAACUACAGAAGGCGAAGCAAGAAGCUUUGUGGGGAAUGUUCGUUGCAGAUGCAUUGGCUAUGCCUGUACAUUGGUAUUAUAGUCCAUCAGAUAUCAAAUCUGGGUAUGGAGGAUGGUUGACAGGCUUUCAAGCUCCAGAAAAACAUCAUCCCUCCAGUAUUCUCACAAUAUCUGCUACAGGAGGCAGUGGUCGCUCUGCGGGCACGGGGAAAAGCAAACCAGUGAUUGGAGAUGUCAUUCUUCAUGACAAGCUUAAAUACUGGACAAACAGAGACAGGACUGUCCAUUACCACCAGGGAAUGAAAGCAGGAGAUAACACAUUGAACACAGUAAUGGCUUUGAACAUGUUGCAAACAAUGCAGAAAGUGGAUCCGCAAGCCUCCAUGGAUCCCAGGGAGUUACGCGGGCUGGUGCUGGAGCAGUACGUGAAGUUUAUGACCACUCCUGGCUCUCAUAAUGACACAUAUGCCGAAUCUUUCCACAGAUCGUUUUUCAAGGACUGGAACGGAAGCAAAAUGCGACCGACAUCUGCAGAAGCCCUGCUGCAUUGGACAGAAGACAGAUAUCUAGCUAAAAGCAAAGGAUCUUCUGAUCACCAGCUUGUUGUUAUUGGUGCCAUCGUACCGGCAAUUCCUUGGAUUAUCCACUAUGCCCAUAAAUCGGAAUCCGAGUGCGCAAAAGCCACGGUGGACUUCAUAAAACUUACCCACCCUGAACCAGGGCUGGUUCCCUUCAUCGACAUCUACUCUCGCUUGCUGCAUGGGGUCCUCAAUGGUCACUCCCUGCAACAGGAGGUACUUAAGACGCUCAGUAAUGCUCAACUUGGGGGCGAACAGAAACGAGACGUUGUGUUGAAACUUCUUGAUAUGGCUAAGGGACUUCCAAAGGGUUCUGAACAAAGGGUAAAUUUGCACCAAUCCGCUACUGCCCACCUUGGUUCAGCCUGUUAUGUAGAAGGUGCUAUGUCAAGUAUGCUGUUUUUAGCACUAGAAUUUGCUGACGAUGUCAAUGCGGGAUUAUUGGCAAACGCCAACUGUGGAGGUGAGAACUGCCAUCGAGGAGCAGCUCUUGGUGCGCUUUUAGGAGCCUCAGUUGGAUAUAAGGACUGCCAAAUAUCACCGGAAUUCAAGGAAGGUUUGGGUUCAAUGAAGAAAGGACUUGUUACCCUUAUUGAACAAAUGAAUUCUUGAAGAAAGGACUUGUUGCUUUAAUUGAACAAAUGAAUUCUUGAAGAAAUGACUUGUUGCCUAAAUUACACCAAGUGAAUUCUUGAAAUGCGCUUCAUGGGUAAGCAGAUUAUAAGUGACUGUUUCCACCUAAUUUAUGAUAACUUAAGUAUGGAAAUCCGAAGUUGACCCUUUCGACUUCAGUCCGUUUACUUCGUUUACGGUAUGCUAUUUAAUCAAGCACUGUAUUUUGAAAUUGAUUUGUUGAGAAUUGAAAUGGCAUAUACAUACGGGUAUACCUUUUUGUUCUUUAACCCAGUAUUUUUUGUGCUAUGUGAUAAAUAUUAUUAUUAACAACUCUUGAUAUUAUCGUUAAACUUUAUAAAGUUUCACAUGUGCCAGAUUGUAUUUAUAUUUGAUGGUUUAUUUUAUGAAGUGAUUUUUACUUUGUCAUAUUAAUACUUUUCAAUUAUUUUCUAAUGUAUACAAAAUUGUUUCGAAUGAUUUUGAUACAUGUAUUGAAUAGAAAUACAAGAAACCAUUAAUUUGUGUUUGCGUU